GCCAAGCAACAAGGCCCACGCCACGUUAGUUAAUUUUGCAAUAUAAUUUUGUAUUUUCAUGCAAUAAAUACAGUUUAAAAUUUGUACGUGCCCUUCUGAUUAAUACAGUCCACUCAAUUGAAGAGGUGAUGCAACGCCACCCAAAUAUUGUUACGGUAUUUACCAAGUGAGCCUCCAAAAGGAUCAAUCGCAGGGUGAGCAUUUAAUAGAGCAAGACCACGGGCGAGAGGAGAAUGACCCCCAUAAUUAGUUCUAUGGACAGUAAAAAAUCAAUUCGGCGGGAGUCGAUUUAUGCUCUGAAAAGGAUCAUUUUGUUUCCACUCUGAUCCUGAAAAAAUGCUUGUAGAAUCACCAGUAAGCGACAAAUACUUUGAUUCAUCAAAGCAACUUGAAAUAUUUAAAAUUCAACUGGACUUUUUUUCUAUUACCUGCCCUAACUUUUUGUACUAGCUAAUUAUAAAAUCUGUCUGUCAAAUACCUUUGGAGAACUAUUUCUGUCAAUCCAAUCAACAUCAAAAAUGUAUUCCUGCCACAAAAACUCCUACUUGCAAGGAAAUUUCAAAGAAAUCAAUGCAGGAUUAUUAAAUCGUUGUGUACAAAGAGCUUGGACCGAUUUCGUCAAUAUCGACGAACAUGAUCUGGAUCCCGCAUUCAACAGGCUCUCAUCAGCACAUCCAAAUAUUCCAGUACAAAAUGUCGAUGUCACCAAAAGACCAGAAGGAUUUGGAAAAUGGGCAAUGCCGAAAUUGAGAAGGGACCUUCACAAUAAAGAUCCUACAAUUGUAACAGCAGCCUUGGCUAGUAUUUCUGAUUUAGUGCACGAUCCUGAACGUUGUUAUGAGGCUAUCAAGUUGAAGAUAUUAGACAGAAUGGUAGAUUUAAUCUACCACGAAACUUCCUCGGUAAGAGAGAAAACAGCUCACGCUUUAAAAUCCAUAGCCGGAGUUGCUGAAGGAAAAGUAGCCAUUGUCGAAAAUGACUCUUUAAUGAACAACCUUUUGGAUAGAGUUGAGGAUCAAUUUACUGAAAUUAGACUUCAAACAGCUGCUUGUAUUGAAAUGAUUGCCAGAUAUUGGAAAACUGCUGAUGUUUUGGUAGAAUGUGGCUUUAUCCAAGUACUACUAAACAACUUAGACGAUGUUUGUAAAAUUGUGGAAAUCCACCUGGAAACAUUAAAUUCCCUUUUUUAUUGUGACGGUAAACAACUGGCAAUCGAAGAAGAUGGAUUCGAAGCGUUGCACAGACUUUUGGAAAGAGACGAAGGCAAAAUUAUGUCUUUGGCUUGUAUGUGUUUGGCCAAAUUGUGUUCGAUAAAAGAAGGCAGGAAAAUGGCCAAGCAAAUGAAUAUUUUGCCUCAGUUGAACGUCUUGUUAAACGAUGAAAGGGUUGAAGUCCAUACAGCUGCAGCUCAAGCCAUAAUGUUUUGCACCAUAAUAAGUUCAGAAAAAAACAGAGCCAGCCAAAUUAAGGGCCUACCUAAAAGAUUGGCGCAACUGUGCAAAAAUAAACUCAGACCUAAUUGCCAAAUGUAUGCCAUUAAGGCUUUAACGUGUAUUUGUGAACAUCCCUUAAUAAGAAAAGAAGUGAGCCAACAUUAUUACCACGAGGUUGUCAAUAUUCAAUUAAACGAAAGCAUUCCUGAAAUGAGAUUGUACAAAAACAGUCUGAUGAGUAUGUUACAUUGGCUGCCACAUACCAACGAAUAAAAACAAAUCAAGAAUAUAUUAAUUUAUUGUUAAUAAAUUAUUAUUUAAAUUAAAAAACACAAUAAUUCACAGUACAUUUUUUUUCAGCUACUCUGAUAAGAAAGGUAGAAACUUGUUAAAAUGUUUAUAUCAAAAAGUUAUUGUUACAUACAUAUUAUUGUUUACAAAAAUUAACAAAAUGACUAGAGAUUGAGCUUGUCCUGAGUGGGCCAGGCAAUUUUUGCAUCGAUCCUUUUGUACGCCAACAUUGUAUGUUUGCCUUCUUUCAUAAAAUCCUGAGGACAUUCAUUAUCCAUCAAGAUUGUUUCUAGAAGAAAUAUGUUAAUUGAACAAAUCUAGAUUAUUAAUGUGAAAUUUUACCUUCUCCAUCAGUAAGUCUAUAUAAAGCAUAAUCCUGCGGAUUUGUAAUCCUUGCUUUAUGAGCGAUAAUUUUACAAACUUCCUUUGUGGUCAUUUGAGGCCUUGCAGGAACAGUUUUGGUUAAAAUUGAGCCAUGGAGUUCAUCAGGAACAACGACUUUUAAAACAGACUAAAAACAACAAAAUUAUUCAACAAUCAAAACAUCAUUAUUGAAAAUUCUUACAUCGUUUUCAUGAUUUUUGUUAUUUUCCUCGCAGCUUUUUUUGAAAUUUUUAAGUACGUGUACGGCUGAUGAUAAAGUAGUUAAGUAGUAACCACCCUCGCCGGAAAAUAAGGAAGGAUGCAAAAGUCCCCACAUGUAUUCGGCUUCGAUUUCAGCAGCUACAAAGUUGGUUUUUACCAAAACCCAUACGAAAAUUGGCAAGAAAUCGUCGGCACCCAGUUGACCAAUUAGCUGACCAGUUUUGACCGAAUUGAAAAUUAUUGCUAUUGCGGCUAAUAAGUUUUCCAGUUUUUCCAGAGGAGAAUCAGCCUGUUGCAGCCGAUGUAUAUAUUGAGAAAUUUUAUUUAAAACACUCUCAGAGGGUAAAGUUAUUUUUGGUUUUAUUGCUAAUUCAGCCACAGGCCUUUUAGACACAUAUUCGAUAUUGUCAGCCAGCAACCUUAUAGCUCCAGUCUUGGUAUAGUAAUCCAUAAAUAAUUUAUUGAGAUGGUUUUUUAAUGGUCUAACUACUAGUUUAUGCAUGACGCCUUCUAAAAUGGCGUCUAGAUUAAGGAAUUCUGUUGAUUUGAGCUACAAAAAAUAAAAGCAUUAUAAUGCAAUAAUUUUUUUCAAAAUUGUUGAAAUUUUACCUUAUUUCUCUCUCGUUCAAUUUCUUUGUAAAAUCCCUUCUCUCCGUGUUUGACCAAAUAAUUUUUCAUCCCUGACAUAAAUUGCCUCAUGUUUCUCAUAACGAUUUGCGGGUUGUUUUCUUUCGAUUCGCACGUGCAAGCUAUAAAAUUGUCUAUGUUUUGAGCAAAUGUUGUGGUUUUGUCUUGAGCUAAUUCCAUGGCGUAGUUUCUGAUCGCUGCGCCUGCCGUUCUUGAUGUAUUAUUGUCUUCGGCUCCGUUUUUUAGAGAUUCAAUUCGAUUUGGA